AUGUGUACCGUUUAUUCAGGACUAGAUGAUGUUAGCCUUAAAAUAUUUAAAAAUACUUGCAGAGAUGGUUUGAUUAAACAUAGAUUGUCUCAACGAUUAACUGUGAGAAAAAGGAAUGUUAUAACUGAUUCUAAGCAGAUGGCACCAAUACAGGAUGUAAUUUAUGAAGAAGUGAAAAAAUUCACUGAAGAAAUAAUACACUUAAUAGACGAGUAUUUGAUGCCGAACCCAGUAAAUAACCAAUACAAAAUGGAGUUGUUUAUACUAAAAGCUGAGUCCAUCUAUUAUCUGGCUGAACUCGAAGCUGAUAAUCAAUGCAAAUCAAGCGCACAACAAUGCGUUAAGUUCUAUCACAAUGCUGCUGUAGAGUUGGUUAAAUCCCUACCCCAAAACCAUAGAUGCCAUAAGAUGAUAAAUGACCAGUUCCUGUUGUUUCAAGCCAAGACACAAAAAAUUCCAAUUCAAUCCUGCAACUAUGCUAAGCGGUUUUUUACACGAUUACAGGAACGCAUUUCACAAUAUGAACGCUUUUCUUAG